CUCUGCUGAGGAGCUGGUCCAGGCCUGCCUGGGACCCAAAGCAACAGGUGAAGUGUCAGCAGCUAAGUUCAAAUCAGCCCUGAAUGAGAUCUACAUACAGAACGGACAGGUGGACAGAGACUUUGUCAACAGCCCAGCCCAUCACUUCAACUCAGAGGCGUUUGCUCUGGGCCGGCGCCUUAUAACUGAUGGGUGGCCAGCAUCAAGGCCAACGUACAAAAGGAGAACUUCCUGGCUGCCAGAGAGACACUGGGGAGAGUACUACACACACUACAGGACUUCUACAGCCACAGUAACUGGGUGGAUCUGGGAUACACUGAACCCUACGCCAACCUGAUCCGCCCCGAUCUCCCACUGGAAAACCUGGCAGAUGUUAAAACCCCGACCUGCAGUGACUGUGCCAAUGGAGGGUUCUGUUCCAACUCCAUCCUGCCUAACAUCCUUAAUGAGAAGAAACUCACCUCUGGGUACAUGGGGAUCUUGUCCUCAGCUAAGCCUAAAGGUAAGUGUAGUCAUGGCGGUGCAGCUGACCUAACCAGCUCCAAGGCUCCUCGCGGGGGCAUCAGCAAGGAUGAGCGUCGCUCUGACAACGUGGCCCUGCACACCGCUGCUGUCACCGUGGCAACGACCGCAACCCUCCAGCUGCUGGAUGACAUCCGGGGCGCCGCCGGUGACAACAACUACCUACGCUUCAUGGGCAUAGCGCGUUCGUCAGUGGUUGUUUUUGUGAUCGACACCACGGGGAGCAUGAGUGAUGAUAUCCUUGAAGCCAAGAGAGUCGUCUAUGAGAUCAUCGACAGCAAGAAGGGAACGCAGGAUGAGCCCUCCCAGUACAUCCUGGUCCCAUUCAAUGACCCAAAGUUUGGACCCCUGAUAAAAACGACAAACCCUAAUGUUAUGAAAGCAGAGAUCGCUAACCUCACGGCUGAAGGAGGUGGAGACCUCCCUGAGAUGUGCCUAUCAGGGCUCCAGUUGGCGCUGACCGGUGCCCCUGCGUCGUCCAACAUCUAUGUAUUCACAGAUGCCGUUGCUAAGGACAUUGAAUUAAAGGAAACGAUCGUGGCCCUGAUCAGGAGCACCAAGUCAACCGUGUCUUUCUUCAUGACUGAUGAUGGUGCUGGUGCUAGAAGGAGGAGGCGUGGAGUAGAGUCCAGCGAAGCUACAUUCGAGACCUACAAGGACCUGGCGCUGGCUUCUGGUGGUCAGGCAAUCAGGGUCACCAAGGAAAAUCUGCCCCAGGCCACUGACGUCAUCAUCGACUCCUCCACCUCCGCUCUGGUGAUAGUCCUACAGCGAGCGAGGAACCCAGGCAGAGCUGAGACAUUCUCCUUCCUGCUGGACGAGUCUCUGAACAACAUCACCAUCUACAUCACUGGAAAUACCAUCACCUUCACCCUGAAGAACCCUGCAGGUGUGACCCAGAAACAGAAUGAGGUCAACGGGGAACUGGGGACUGUCCAGACGGUGGGCAACCUCUUCCGGGUCCGUCUGGCCUCCAACAAACAGACAGGAUUAUGGGAAAUCAGCAUGAACUCCAACCAGCCCUACACACUGAAGGUCACUGGUCAGAGUACCAUUGCCUUCAUUUAUGACUUUGUGGAGACCUUCGAGGGACCUCAUCCAGGAUACGCCCUCAUCUCUGGCCGUCCACAAGCAGGCAUGCCUGCCAUGUUGUUGGUAUCCGUGUUGGGCAGAAAGGGCCCAGCCUCUGUCAAGGUGGCUGACAUUGCCUUGGUGACAGUGUCAGGGUCAGAGGUCGUAGGCGGGGCCCUGGAAGACAUGGGCAACGGGAAGUUCCUAGUUACGGUAACCAAGGUCCCUGCGGGGGAGUUUGUGGUGCUGUUGAACGGGACAGACGUGGUCUCCUCCACCGUGUUCCAGAGACAGUCCACCACUCAGAUGUCUGUCUCCAAGGUUACCAUCAAGGCCGUGGUGGACAGAAGCAUGGAGCCUGGUAAACCCUUCACCCUUCCCUUCACCGUCAUGACCAAUGCCACUGGAGGCAGCUACAAAAUCAGUGCCAGAAAUGACCGAGACUUCAAAAUGAACGUCCCCGGCAGCAUCGCUGUGACCACCGGAGGAAAUGCCACCGGUGAACUGACCAUCACGGUGCCCGCCAACACCCCCUCAGGAACAGACGUCACCGUGACCAUCGAGGCUGUGGCCCCCGGGGCGUCCGACUCCAACUACGCAGUCCUGCGCCUCUCUGUCGUCACCAAGGUGACAGAUUUCACCCCUCCCCAGUGUGAGAUGGUUAUCGCCUCGUCGGUCGACUGCCCAGCUGACUCAGCAGCCUGCAGCUCCGCCUUCUGGCAGCUCUCUGCCAACCUGACCGACGGUGUCAAUGGCACGGGCAUCACCAGCCUCAAACACCGCCAGGGAGCAGGCAGCCUCACCCACACGGACCUGAAGCAGACGGUUGUUGCAGCAGCGUUCAAUGCUUCAUGCUGCUCUCUGACAGUGGAGCUGGUGGCGGUGGACAAAGCCAUGAAUGUCGGCACCUGUCGGUUUUCCAUCGUCCGCAACGCGGGACCGCCCUCCAUCGCUCUGUCCCUCCCACUGUUGGUCUGUCUGCUGGUCUCUGCCCUCUUCACUACGUCCUUCACUGACUUACUUAUCUGAUUUUAACCUCAUGGACGGACUGACUGCCAACCCGAUACUACCUCUUAAACUUAAAGAAGAUACAUUUCUCAACCAAAUUUCUAUUUUUGAUGUAAAUGGCAUGUUAUAGAAGGGUUCAGAAUACCUGUUUUGUGAUUUCACCUGUUUUUGAGAACUUAUCCCAAAUAGCAAAUGACUUCCUCAUCCUCGUUGUGUAGUAUGAGGCUCUGAAAAAACAUGAACAUUAGGCUCCAAAAACACCCAGAUAUGUCCUUUUAGAAACGGCAAAGCUCUCAGUAUAGUGGUGCAGGUCUUUAGAUGUUGUACACAUGAAAUUGUGCCUUUCAGAACUUUAUCCGCAAUAUUAUAUUCCUUUUUUUCGCCACUCGAGACGUUUCCCCUCCUAUAUCGGGUGCUUUGCCUUAACUUUCUGAAGAUCAACAACGUUUUAUCCUUUCGCCACUCGAGACGUUUCCCCUCCUAUAUCGGGUGCUUUGCCUUAACUUUCUGAAGAUCAACAACGUUUUAUCCUUUCGCCACUCGAGACGUUUCCCCUCCUAUAUCGGGUGCUUUGCCUUAACUUUCUGAAGAUCAACAACGUUUUAUCCUUUCGCCACUCGAGACGUUUCCCAUCCUAUAUCGGGUGCUUUGCCUUAACUUUCUGAAGAUCAACAACGUUUUAUCCUUUCGCCACUCGAGACGUUUCCCCUCCUAUAUCGGGUGCUUUGCCUUAACUUUCUGAAGAUCAACAACGUUUUAUCCUUUCGACACUCGAGACGUUUCCCCUCCUAUAUCGGGUGCUUUGCCUUAACUUUCUAAAGAUCAACAACGUUUUAUCCUUUCGACACUCGAGACGUUUCCCCUCCUAUAUCGGGUGCUUUGCCUUAACUUUCUAAAGAUCAACAACGUUUUAUCCUUUCGACAGGCGGGGAUUUUGUCUUUCUUUAAACUUUCUUUAUUUUAUCAAACGAUGAUGAAAAUGUUUUUUUCUUUUUAUAUAAAUGAUGAUUGCCGAAUAAUGUUGACGGUAUACGGGGCGUGAUGACAUCACUUAACCAUAAAGCUCCCCUCUACACGUGAUGACAUCACUUAACCAUAAAGCUCCCCUCUACACGUGAUGUUAUCACUUAACCAUAAAGCUCCCCUCUACACGUGAUGUUAUCACUUAACCAUAAAGCUCCCCUCUACACGUGAUGACAUCACUUAACCAUAAAGCUCCCCUCUACACGUGAUGUUAUCACUUAACCAUAAAGCUCCCCUCUACACGUGAUGACAUCACUUAACCAUAAAGCUCCCCUCUACACGUGAUGACAUCACUUAACCAUAAAGCUCCCCUCUACACGUGAUGUUAUCACUUAACCAUAAAGCUCCCCUCUACACGUGAUGUUAUCACUUAACCAUAAAGCUCCCCUCUACACGUGAUGACAUCACUUAACCAUAAAGCUCCCCUCUACACGUGAUGACAUCACUUAACCAUAAAGCUCCCCUCUACACGUGAUGACAUCACUUAACCAUAAAGCUCCCCUCUACACGUGAUGACAUCACUUAACCAUAAAGCUCCCCUCUCCAUGUGAUGUCAUCACUUAACCAUAAAGCUCCCCUUUACACGUGAUGACAUCACUUAACCAUAAAGCUCCCCUCUACACGUGAUGUUAUCACUUAACCAUAAAGCUCCCCUCUACACGUGAUUCUAAAUGCCUACUGCUUGCUAAAGCUAUUUCUCAACUAUAAACACAAUGUUUCUUUGCAGGAUCCUUGUCCUGACUUUCCAGAAUCCCCGAAUUGCUUCGCCUUGAUUUUCUGAUUGGCUGGAUACAAGUUUCAACAUCCAAUUAUUUCAGAUCUAUUAGAGUUCAAGUUUCACUGUGGCACCGUGGCGAUACGUUGGCACGUGAUGAUCAUUAUUAGAAUAUGACUAAUAUCAGUCAAGUCUUGCAUUCUAUUCAUGCUGGCUUUUGCCUGAGACGUGAAACAGAUCGGUUGGAGGGCAGACAGACUAUCACCUAUGUAUUAAUUGCCAAUUUGCCUAAAUGGUUAAUGGAAACACUUCAACCACAACGUUUUUAUUCAACCCUAUAGGUGUGAUGUCAUUACGUCCAUCUGUUUUUAUCAGUGGAAACGCGCAGUAGCAGGUCACUUUCUAAAUGUCUACAAAACAUCACCGGGCAAGUUAAUGGAAACAUAGCUAGUGAUGGCGCAAUUGGGCAUCAGGUUACUGUAUGAUAUGAUAAGGAAAGCUAAUAUGUUUUUAACACCUAUCCAGGUGUUGUUAGAUCUGGCAGGCAUCUGCAAAGUUUUCAUCUGGGAACGUACCCAAGGCCAGGCAUCUGCAAAGUUUUCAUCUGGGAACGUACCCAAGGCCAGGCAUCUGCAAAGUUUUCAUCUGGGAACGUACCCAAGGCCAGGCAUCUGCAAAGUUUUCAUCUGGGAACGUACCCAAGGCCAGGCAUCUGCAAAGUUUUCAUCUGGGAACGUACCCAAGGCCAGGCAUCUGCAAAGUUUUCAUCUGGGAACGUACCCAAGGCCAGGCAUCUGCAAAGUUUUCAUCUGGGAACGUACCCAAGGCCACCAUGAAAAUGAAUGUUUCUCGUGUAGAAAAGAGCCAGCAGCUUCUCUCAAGGCAAUUUCUCAACAUGUUACUUGCACUGUAAUAUUGAUGUUUUAAUGUUUGUCUCCAGUUUACCUCUCUGGCGUGAAUAAAAAGCUCUGCUGUCCUGCUGCA